AUGUCGGACUACGAAACCAUCCUAAAGGGCAAGUACCCUGCUAAAGACCACGCGAAGCGUGUCGCGGAUCACAUCCGUUCCAAGGUCCCUGGUGCCAAUGGCAUUCUCUACCUCGAAGGUCGACACACGAAGUUGGAGGAGGAUAGCGACCAUCCGGAACCCUUCAGGCAGCGCCGUUACUUCUUCUACCUUACCGGCUGUAUCCUAGCCGACUGCCACUAUAUCUUCGACCUAAAGACUUUGGAAUCAACACUCUUCAUCCCUCCCGUCGACCCUGAAGAUGUCAUCUGGUCCGGUAUGCCCAUGACCGCGGAGGAAGCCAAAGAGAAGUACGACAUCGACAAUGUAUUAUACACCAACGAUGUCAAUGCAGAGCUCGCGAGGCUGGGCAAAGGCUCGGGUUCAACUGCCUUUGCCAUCGCCAACCAGGUUCUGGACACUGUGAGCUUCAUUGAAUUCGAAGACAAGAAUUUUGAUGUGCUCAAAGGAGCCAUCGAGGAAUGCAGGGUGGUCAAAGAUGAUUACGAGGUCGCCCUGACGAGGAAAGCCAACGCCAUCUCUACUACGGCUCAUCACGCCGUGAUGAAGGCCGUCAACACGGCCAAGAAUGAGCAGGAACUUGAGGCGAUUUUCCUGGAGAGAUGUUUCGCACAUGGUGCCAAGAACCAGGCCUACCAUGCCAUUCAUGCCGCCGGUCGCGCUGCAGCCACCCUUCACUACGUCCACAACAGUGCACCCCUCGAGGGCAAACUGAACGUUCUGCUUGAUGGUGGUGCCGAAUGGGACUGCUAUGCCUCGGACAUUACUCGCACUUUCCCCAUCUCUGGCAAAUUCUCCAAAGAGUCACGCGCCAUAUACGACAUCGUUUUGAAGAUGCAGCUCGAGUCCAUCAAGGUGCUCAAAGAGGGUAUCCUUUGGGACGACGUUCAUGAACUGGCUCAUAAGAUCGCCAUUGAGGGUCUGCUAGAUCUGGGUAUUCUCAAGGGUGAAGCGGAUGAGAUCCUCAAGGCGCGCACCAGUGUGGCCUUCUUCCCCCACGGUCUAGGACAUUACCUCGGCAUGGACACCCACGACGUCGGCGGAACUCCCAACUACGCCGACUCGGAUCCCAUGUUCCGGUAUCUUCGCAAGAGGGGCACCUUGCCAGCUGGCAGUCUCGUCACUGUCGAGCCGGGCAUCUACUUCUGCAGCUUCAUCAUCGAGCCCUACCUGAAGGAUCCCACCCAUUCCAAGUACAUUGAUACCGACGUACUCGAUAAGUACUGGGACGUUGGUGGUGUGAGAAUUGAGGACAAUCUCCUCAUCACCAAGACUGGCAGUGAAAACCUGACGCCAACGAUCAAAGAGCCAGAGGAAAUUGAGAAGUUUGUUGGCUCGAGCUAG